AUGUCGCAGGGUCACAAUCAAAUGGCAGUGAAAAGACUCCAAAAGGACUUUCUUGAAAUGCAGAGCGAACCCACUCCGGGGCAAUGGGCAAAGCCAGACCCAGCAAAUAUCUUGAAAUGGCAUUACUGUAUCCAAGGGCCUGAGGAUACGGACUACAAACGCGGCUUCUAUGUUGGAUAUCUCAUCUUUCCGAAAGAAUAUCCCUUCAAGGGACCAGAUAUCUACAUGAGAACGCCCAAUGGCCGAUUAGCCCUAGACACAAAGCUUUGCUUGACUAUCUGCGGCUGGCACCCUGAAACAUGGUCCCCUCUUUGGGGCCCGCGGACUAUCAUCAACGGUAUCCGGUCUUUUAUGGCGGAAGAAUCGAACGGACAUGGCUCCCUCAAAAUGUCAAAGCAACACCGGGAGAAAUUCGCAGAGGAAUCUGGAUCAUGGAACAUCAAAAAGUUGCCAGAAUUUCAAGAGUAUUUUCCGGAAGCGAUGGCCGCGAUUCUAGACAAACAAGGUGAAAAUAAUGACGCAGGUCCUUCAAAGAAGCCGGUCAAACCUGUAAAGCCGAGCAAUACAGCUGGUAAGCCGGCGAGAGACCCUGUUGUUCGAAGACUCCCUCAAGCUCAAGCUCAAGCAAAAAAGGAGAAGCAGAAGUCAGCAGCCGUGGUUGUCGCUAAGCGUGUCCGCCCAGCGGUUGACGACCCGAUAAUCCUCUCCGACGACGAUGAACCUGGAGCUCGACGAGAUGCACCAAAGAAGCUGAAAAACGACGAUGUCGUUAUCAUCGACUGA